CCAGAUUGUCUUUUGAUGAUAAGAUAAUCCCAAUGAGAUUGAAAAAUAAAUCGGUUUUCUGGAAACACAUUAUGACAUAAUUACACCUCCUAUCUGAAACAAAUACGAGAUAAAAGAUAACCAAUGAUACCUAACCCUUUGAUGUAGUAAAUUUUCGCAUCUAUUAUUGUCGAAUCUCUGUCUAUAAUGCGUCAAAAUAAAUAAAAAUGGAAAUGCGGUUCCGCCUUCACUAUUGGCCGAUUCUGACCGGAUUUUGGUUCUACUUGACAUUCAUAACUAGCUACUUAGUGGCGAUUUACAAUGACCAUGUCGUUAAGCUUUUCCCUUAUAUCAGUGACACGGGCACAGUUGCCCCCGAUAGUUGCAUUUUUGGGCAAAUGCUAAACCUUGGGGCUGCUUUCAUGCUAAUCACCAUGUAUGUUAGAUAUAGAACAUUGCAAUUAAUUCCGCAGAGACGCUAUCUCAAAGCUUUCAAACCGUUGAACAGUUGGUCGAACCUUUUCGGCUCGCUGUCUUGUCUAGGAAUUAGUUUAGUGGCAAACUUUCAAGAAAAGUCGGAAAUAACCGUUCAUUUUAUUGGAGCAUUUAUGGCUUUCGGGGUCGGGGCGGUGUAUUGCAUUAUUCACGCCUAUUUGACUUGGUUCUCAUACUCGAGUGGGUUUCUGAAAUUUCUGAGGAUAUUUUUGAGCUUGUUGGUCAUACUCUUGUAUGUGUUGACGUCCGUUUUUAGUAGUUUAUCCUUUAAUAAGUUUGAUGGAAAAGACGCGCUCAAGUGGAGUGAUAACCAUGCCGGGUAUGGCUUACAUUUAGUUGCAACCUUUUCCGAGUGGGUUAUGGCCAUUGUUAUGGGGGCAUUUGUAGCUACGUACUAUGUGGAAUUUAAACAGGUUCGAUUUAAAGAAAUCGUUUUCACGCUUGAUGAGUAAAGAAAACUUAAGACAA